AUGGACAAAUGGUGUGCCACGUACGAUAAAUCCACUGGGAUGAUGUUCACUUUGCGGGCAGCAGUUAUGUGGACUAUGAAUGAUUUUCCCGCAUAUGCAAUAGUUUUUGGGUGGAGCACGAAGGGUUAUAUGGCAUGCCCUGUAUGCAAGGAAGAUGUAACUUAUGGUUGGCACGCUGGAAAAGUUUGUUACCUUGGUCAUCAGAGAUGGUUGUCAUGGGACCACGAGUGGCGAGAAAAGGAUAAAGGGUUUGACGGGAACACAGAGCAUCGCCUCAGACCUAGAGAAUGGUCUAGUGAUGAGAUCUUGGAAUAG